AUGAAGCUGCUGUUGCUGUGUCUGGGGCUGAGCCUGGUCUGUGCUCACGUGGAAGGAGAGGAUCUUGUUGUGAAAAGUGACUUCGAUAUGACAAAGGUUUCAGGAGAGUGGUAUUCUGUUCUCUUGGCCUCAGAUAACAAGGAUAUGAUAGAAGAAAAUGGUCCCAUGAGGGUUUUUGUGAAAUCCAUCCAUGUCUUGGCCAAUUCUUCUCUGUUCUUUGUUUUCCAUAUAAUGAAAAACAAAGAAUGUACCGAAAUUUCUUUCAUUUGUGACAAAACAGAAGAAGAUGGGGUAUAUAGUGUCACUUAUGAGGGAAGCAAUACAUUUAAAUUAGUUGAAGCUGUCUAUGAUAAGUAUGCUAUGUUCUAUCUCAUGAAUGUCAACAACAGGAAGACAUUCCAGCUGAUGGAGCUCUAUGGCCGAACAGAAGAUCUAAGCCAAGAAAUCAAGCAAAAAUUUGUGAAAUAUUGCACACAGCGUGGAAUUCCUAUGGAAAACAUACUUGACCUGACCAAAGUUGCACAGAGGGAUGCGCGCCACGGACCGCCACCGCGCGGUGGGCAGAUCCGCAGGACCUGUCACCGGGUCCAAAGGGCACCCGUGGACGGCUGGCGCCGCCUGGUGGCUGUCUGCGUGCACUGCAGCCUGGGCCCGCCACCGCCGCUGAGGAGUUGUUCAGAAAGAGCCAGUUUGCAGACGCGGCAACGCAGCUACAGGAAAGAAGCGAUAAAACACAAACAGGGAAGGGUUCCCAGCGACCGCAGGCGGCCCGGGCAUGCCUGGCUGCGGGGAAAUUCGGCCGUCAGGCGGCCGCGCUCGCCAGGGCAGCGUGACGCAGCGGCCAGAGGCUUGGGGGCUCCGGAAAGAGACUCGUCUCGGGAUCCCCUGCACCUGGCUUCCCCGGGCUGUCGCCAGCGCUUGUGGGCGGGCGGGCACCGCAGCGGGGGCGGAGCGCGGCCUUUUCUGGCCGGGGGAGGAGUGGCCGCGGCCCGGGAGGUCCUCACUCCGCAGCUGGGCUGGCUGCUCUCCCACGCGCCGCGCGUCUGGGCGCCCGGGUUCCGCUCGCCCCUCUCCUCCAGCCGCAGGACGCACGGCGCGCUCUCGCGCUCUCGGGCUGAGCUCGGCUCUCGCUCUUGGUAG